AUGGAUGAGAGCUCGGUUAGCUACGGCACCCCGACAAAUGGUGCAUCGCCGGGCGCCAACCCGAUUCUCGCGCAACCACCUCUCCCUGAUGCCAACGAUCAGAACGCAGAUGUCCAAAUGAGCGAUGGACCGGCAAUCAAGCAGGAUAGUACCACGCCCGCCCCCGGCGCCACAUCCGACAACCCGCUCGAUGCGCCCGAAGGGCCCCCCGCCGAGGUGACGGGUCAGGAUGAAGAGAUGGGCGAUGUGUCGAAGGGCGAAUCAGCGCAGGGUGACGGGCAAGACGGUGCAAGUGAAGCCAAGACAAAAGAGUUCAUCGAGAACGCCGCCCGAGAACACCUGAUUUCCCAGACCCAUGCCAUUGUUCUCCCCAGCUACAGCACCUGGUUCGACAUGAACGCCAUCCAUGCCAUCGAACGGAAGGCUCUCCCUGAGUUCUUCAACAACAGGAACCGCAGCAAGACAUCUGUGGUCUAUAAAGAUUACCGUGAUUUCAUGAUCAAUGCGUACCGAUUGAACCCUAUCGAGUACCUCACGGUCACGGCGUGCAGGCGCAACUUGGCGGGUGACGUGUGCGCCAUCAUGCGCGUGCAUGCGUUCUUAGAGCAGUGGGGCCUUAUUAACUACCAGGUUGAUACCGAUCAACGGCCCUCCCAUGUCGGGCCCCCUUUCACCGGCCACUUCAAGAUUAUUUGUGACACGCCCCGUGGUCUUCAGCCCUGGCAACCGGCUGCCGACCCCGUCGUCACGGAAGGCAAACAGAACAAGGACACCGAGGCUAAAGCUGCCGCAACCCCGGCGCCUAAGAGCGAGCUCAACCUAGAAGUCGGCCGCAACAUCUACGAGGCCAAUGCAAAGAGCAACAAGCUGAACAAAGGCGACAACAAGUCCAACGGCGAAGCGCCCACCACUAAUGGUGUGUCGGGUACCGAUGAGCUGACUAAGGCUCCCGUUGUCAAGGUCAACUGCUUCAACUGCGGGACCGACUGCACCCGCAUCUACUACCACAGCUCGCAGACCGACCCCAACAACAAGGCCAAGUACGAUUUGUGCCCAAGCUGUUACCUCGAAGGACGCCUCCCUGGAAAUCAGACGAGUGCUCACUACACCCGCCUGGAAAAUCCCACCUACUCGUCGAUUCUUGAUCGGGAUGCGCCGUGGAGCGAUGCUGAGAUCUUGCGGCUACUGGAAGCGCUGGAACGAUAUGACGAGGACUGGAGCGAGAUUUCCGAAUACGUGGGUACCCGGACACGCGAGGAGUGUGUGCUUCAGUUCCUGCAGCUCGACAUUGAGGAUAAGUACCUCGACUCGGAGCGUCUUGAUGCCCCGAUCGGGCUUCAGAUGCUCGGCAGCCACGGCGGGCAAUUGCCCUUCAGCCAGACCGACAACCCGGUUAUGUCGGUCGUUGGCUUCCUUGCCAGCCUCGCAGACCCCGCAAGCACGGCCGCCGCCGCCAACAAAUCUGCCGAGGUUCUUAAGCAAAACCUGCGCAACAAGCUCGAGGGUGGUGCAUCAUCCGAUACGCAGCAGACCAACGGAAAGGGGAAGGAGAAAGCGGGCGCUAGCGGUGAUGACACGAUGGACGUUGACCUCCGCCACGAGACGACGACUACUACGACCACUACGACAACCACUACAACCACCUCAUCCUCCGCGCUUGCCAGCAUCCCCCUCGCCGCGGUCGGCGCCCGCGCUGGCGGCCUCGCUUCGCACGAAGAGCGCGAGAUGACGCGCCUCGUCUCAUCAGCCGUCAAUAUCACCCUCGAGAAACUCCAACUCAAGCUCCAGUACUUCAACGAGAUGGAAUCGAUUCUCCAGGCGGAGCGGCGCGAGCUCGAGCGCGCGCGUCAACAGCUCUUCCUGGACCGCCUCGCCUUCAAGCGCCGUGUCCGGGAGGUGCAGGAAGGGUUCAAGCAGGCCGCGGCGGUGGGCGGCGAACAGGGCGCACGGUUGGCGCAGGAGGUGAACACAGAUGGCGGGAAGGUCGUGUUCCACGCGCCGCCGGCGGUGGCGGCCGUGCAGCCGCUCAGUGCGGAGGGGCCGGUGAAGACUUUUGAAGCUUAG